GCUAGCACGCGAUCUUCACUACUACAACGUUCUACACCUGAAGGGUUCAGUACUAUGAAGGAUAACAACCCUCAGAAGUGUUCAACGACCAAGAGCCAUAAACAUUCGAAGAAGCGAGGCAAACGUGGUUCGACAUCGUCAAAGGUGUCCGCGAAAGACGCCGUUAUGGAAGCCACUAAAGAAGGCUUGCCGUCCAGGGCCCCCAACGUGAAGCAUUCAACAUUGAAAGAGGCACCCAAGGCGAUCCACAACCGAACCUCCAAGAAGCAUUCUACCGAUGCUGAAAGAAACAACAUAGAAGUCAAGGAAAAUGAACCGGCCAAGUCAUCCUCUAAAGGUGCUACGAAGGUUAAAGCGACCAGCUUUGCAGCGCUUCCAGUAACAUCCCCACCUGCUGAUCCCGGUGACACACCGGGCUCGGCAAGUCCAGUGGGCGAUGCCAAGAUGUCACCACGUUCCCAAUACGUCGCCAAGCAGGUCAAGAGGAUGACGAGUGCAUCGAUGCAUGUGCCCGCGAAGCUUGAGGAGGUUAUCCCUGGACAAGUCCGACGUGAACAGCCAUCGCAGGACAUUCCAGAACAGCAUGUGCCUGGGGAAGUGGAGGCAACGAAGACAGCUUUAUCGGCAGUCGCAUACAAGGGAAAGCGAAAGUCGACGAUUGACCACACGGAAUUUAACAGCGAGGGAAGAAAGACCUCAGCCUCCAUCACAGACAAACUCAUCCCAAAGUCCCGGCGCAAUUCAUGGCUCAGCCUCUUGUGCACCGUCGUUUCUUUCGCUGUCAUUGGAGUGGGACUCUUCUUUGCCAUUCGUCAUUACUUUGACCCGGUGCUUGUUAUGGAGUGCACGUCUGGAAAGUGUAAAAAAAUCCAGAGCGACAUCGUCCGGCUACUCGACACCAGCAUCAACCCUUGCGAAGACGUGUACGGCUACGUAUGCGGUAAAUGGACCAAAGCUAACAAAGGCGGUUACUUGGUAGAUGUCUAACGUGCUUUCGACAGUUCCAUCUUUAGGUCCCUCGAAUGCAGCACCGGUGUAAAACCCGACCGAUACGGUACGCACGUCUUAGUGAAGAUCUACACUGCAUGCCUGGACCACAUGCGUUCACCAAAAAUGGAAUUCGGAAAAGUCCUAACACAAGUGAUCAAUGAGCUGAAGCUGAACGAACUAUUACAAGCCCAGACAACUCCGCAAAUACUGAAGAGCCUUCUAGAAAUUGGACGCAAGACAGGUAUUUUUUUCAUCUUCACAGUGGGAUUCCACAAAGUAGGCUUACAAACCUGCUUCCGUCUGGCGCCAGGAACUUCCAUUCCAGAAAAAAUAUAUUCCGCCUACAACGACAAGCUUCCGGAAUAUGUCUUGACUGCCAUGGGUGAUUUAACGAAAGACUUCGCAGCACCGGUGUUGAAGCAAUCUGGCAUGAGCGCAACAUCUAUGGAAGCCGUUAUCAACGAAGUGGCGGUGAUGGACGAAGAAAUUUAUCAGUUGAUAUUGCAACACACACGGGUGACCAAUGAUUUGUUUCGCAAUCUCAUUGGCUUACCUAAAAUGGUCUUAGGUCUCAUCAGCAGCAUCGUACCGAAACAUCUGAGGUUGCGAAUCGACGACAGCGUCCGUAUAGUUGGGUUUGAUGUCAUCAAAGCUGUGUACAGAGUGCUGGAGAAUGCAACGUCACCUGUAGGAGCCAUAGGAGCUAGGAAAGCCUAUUACGUCAUCAACCUCUUUUCUGGAAUACUAUAUAAGAUACGACUUCCUCCGUAGAAGAGUCAAUCCAGAUAAGUACAGCUUCAUCUGUUUGCGUGCAACGAACGGCAUUCUGACCCGAACGUUGCCGUACCUUGUGGACAAAUUAUCUGGACAUGAUGGAAGCACAUCUGCAGCUCGACGUUUCCCGGGUUCUAUCAAACGCAGCUUCUUGAAAGACAACAGAGUGUUGUCUAUGUUCAACAACUUUACGGCUGAGGAAGCGAGAAGGAAAACCAGGACGGUAGAAAGAUACACGUACGACGAAACGGGUUUGAUCUCGGACUUGGAAAGAGACAUCGAUUACGCCGGUUGGAACUUGACGGGGAACUUUCUUUCGAUCAGGAUUAAUGCUAGAAUGAAAGAAGUGCAGAUGCUACUAAAAACAGUCUACAACAAGCGCGUGGAUACACUUCGCAGGAGCCAACUGUCUUCAAUGGUGGAGCACACUGGAGCCGACUUGUUCACGGAACCCUGGUUUGCGGUACCGACUGCCUACCAGGUUCCCCCGAUCUUCUAUUACGAAGAUGAAAUGCCCUUUUACUUUACUUCGCCACCCUCGGAGUUCUGGUCGCAAAUGAGUUACUUCGUUCAGCAUCUGGGGGUCUUCGAAGAGUCGGUCAACAGCGUCUGUUCCGUGCGGCUUCCUGUCUGAGAAAUAUCUCCUUGGACCGCGAAUUGAAUGUUGGUGCUUUCGAGAAUGGUAAACCUUUCGAUAGCGAAGCAUUUGUUUGGACGUACGGAGCGAGUAUCAUUUUCUGCAUCAUUCGGUCCUCUGUUGGAUCUCUCGGCGAAUCUGUGAUGAAAAAAUACUAGAAUACAGUUCGUCAGUACUUUUUUAUUCGCUUCUGUCUGCUCUCCUGCGUGUCUCGGGAUGUUCUCGGAUACGACAGGGUCUUCAACGAACGAUGUGUCGUCCCACUCCUAUAGUCAACCCCGAGUUUACGAAGCAUUUCGGUUGCCCAUCGAGGCCAAUUUCUGCUGAUAGUGCUUGCGUGGGUUUGGUGUGAUGACUCAGUUCAUCAGGUUGACAUUACUCUUUACUCUUUUUCUUCGUAUGUUUCCGUCAGUAUCUGAGCACGAGCAAAUGCAACGAAUAGUGGAUAUAAGCACGAAUAUGGAAUAAUGGGAGAUAAAUGGUCAAUGUCCCCGACUAUAAUAAGAGGUCUUAAUGUAUUUUCUUGCCUUCACGUUGAUUAUAAAGUAUGAUUAGCAAGGGGAUACGAAGGUGAAGCAUAUUAAUUGCUCCAAAAGCGUACGAAUGUAUCGGGCUUGUACAAGAUACCAAAAUUCCACGGAAGGUGUUUCGAUUUCCAGCGGCAGCCAUUUUUGCUGAGGCUGAUGAGAAUUUUGACAUUGCCGCGUAACACUUGCCAUGACAGUCUGCCAAUUUUUUUGUAAUAUGUUUGUAGAAGGGUGAUUAACACUGGACAGAGUUUUCGACAUGUAUGCUUGAUUCGUUUAAUUCCUGUGGAACGCAUUCAGUGUGCUAAAACACCCUAGUGCGUGACUUCUCUUAAUUCCGUGUUGGCGCCUAUCAGCAAACGUAGAGACGUGGACAGAUUGAGAGAGGACAGCAGGAAGGACUGGGGGACAUGGGGGGUUUGGUGUGCGUCCCAGGCUGACUUCAGGGUGAACUAUGGCGUCAUU